AGUCUUCUUGCUGUCCUGAAUGGUGGUAAAUCAUGUGAGGAUAAGCAAAAAAAAAAAGCAAGAGGAAGCUUCUGCUUCUGAGAAUCAAUCACAAUACCCGUUUCCGGAGCUUUCUUCUUCUGGUCGUCUUGAGGUGACGGUAUUAACUAAACCUACUGUGGAUGAACUCGGUCGAGUAAUUGAGCAACUGCAGCCAGAUUUUGUUUACCUACAAGGUAGACAGCUGGAAGAAAGCGGUGAAAUUGGGUCUCUUAUAUGGGAAGAAUUUGACCUGUCUAGUCCAGAAGCAUUAUGUGCAUUGUUUUCUUCAAAAUUACCUAAUACUGUUUAUUUGGAAACUCCUAAGGGAGAAAACUUGGCAGAGGCACUCCACUCUAAGGUCACAUUGAUAGCAGGCAAUCUAUAGUAAUUUUUUGGUGAGGAGUUUGGUGGCUUUGUUCA